AUGUCAGAAGCUGAAAAAGUGGGGACGAGGUCGCUAAGCUGCCGGAGCGGCGCGAAGUACCGCAAGAGCGGCGCGAAGUACCGCAAGAGCGGCGCGAAGUACCGCAAGAGCGGCGCGAAGUACCGCAAGAGCGGCGCGAAGUACCGCAAGAGCGGCGCGAAGUACCGCAAGAGCGGCGCGAAGUACCGCAAGAGCGGCGCGAAGUACCGCAAGAGCGGCGCGAAGUACCGCAAGAGCGGCGCGAAGUACCGCAAGAGCAGCACUCAGGUAGGGUCCCCUGGUAAAUUCAGACGCCUCUGGGAGCCCACAGGUGCCCCCUCCAACUGGCCAUCUCAUAACUCUGUAUUACGUUCAGGAGAGGCCAGCGUCCCCCACCACCUGAGAACGCAGAAAAAGGACCUGUGGCCUUCAAGCUGUCCUCCCACCCACCCCCAACCACCCCAUUCCUCAGGACCGGGUGUGGGUGGAGCCUCUAAAGACUGCGUAAUUCGGGGAAGCACUCAGGGCUCCUUUCGCGGUGGAAUCCCCUCCGCACCAACUCGUUUGCGCCCCGUUAGCCCCUCCCUAGAGGAAAUGGCUUCUCUCGAGGAUGCCUGCCGCUUUAGUAGCAAUUCCAAACAGAGUUCCCAUAACUCCCCAAACUCUGAAUUUGCAGCCCAAGCUGAGGGCGAAAAUGAUGAGACCGAGAAAACAAACAAGGUCAAGAGAAAGAGUGCUAUACUGCACGACCAAAGCUCUCCAUCCAUUUACGGGAAGGGUAUCCAGGGCAACCUGGGAAAACUGAUGCCAGAAGGAGACGAAGCCGCUAGUGCAAAACCCAGCACAAGAGAGUGUCCCAACCCUGGACAAAGAUCCGCCAGGGUGGUCACCUUCUCUGGUCCUCAGGAAAAGCAACCGCCCGCCCCCGAGGUUAGAGCAGAGAAGGAAAAGAUAGUGGUAGAGGUCAACAGUUUUGGUAAGAGGAGAGUGAUUAUCGAUCUGCAGGAGACACCCUGUAAGAGCGACCAAAGGGUGGACAUUUUUGAAAAAGGCUCUCCAGCCCUAGAAUUUCUAGACAAACAUGACUCUUGUUCAGAAAUCCAAAAGCCUCAAGAAAAGGAGGUCAUGGCUGAGUGCCCCUUUUUGGGAAGUCACCUGUCUGGUGUGGAAGAGAUACCUGCAGUCAGAUUCCCUCAGGAGAAGCCAGUCUCCCUGGGUUUCUCAAGAGUUUCAAAGCCUUCACCCUUCACCACUGACCUUGUCCUGGACCAGCCUCAUUUGUACGGGGGUCCCUGGCAGGCCUACACCAGUUACUGGAGCAGCAGUCCCCAGCCUUCCUACUAUCCCUUUGUGGACGGCAGCAGCGACAGCACAUCCCUGGCGGGGAGGCACAGCCAUAGCUUCUUCAGUGACUUUCCCUCCAGCUCUCCCUUGGGCUUCCAAACCUGGUCCAGAGACUGGAAGCCAUUAGAGGAAGGUCAGUCCCAGAAUUUUCAUUCCUAUCGUUUCUCCGGAAGUUUAGAAGCACAGGAGCAAACCGUCCAAGAGGAGACAUCAUAUCCUUUUGGAGGAUAUGCGUCUAAUUUCUGGCCCCGGGGCCACUGGAGUCAAGGCCUAGAUCAGGGUUUCAUUGAUACCCAUUGCCACUUGGACAUUCUCUACUCCAAGCUGUCUUUCAAAGGGACCUUUAGCAAGUUCACAGAAAUGUAUAACCGUUCCUUCCCUAAGGAAUUUCAGGGCUGCAUCUCUGAUUUCUGUGAUCCUCGCACGCUAAAGGAUAGCUUCUGGGAGGAGAUGCUGAAAGAUGAUCUGGUUUGGGGGGCCUUCGGCUGUCACCCCCAUUUUGCACGUUACUACAAUGACACUCAAGAAAGAAACCUUCUGCAUGCCUUACGGCACCCCAAGGCCAUAGCGUUUGGAGAAAUGGGCUUAGAUUACUCUUACAAGUGCACCACAUCUGUCCCACAGCAGCACAGAGUAUUCGAGAGACAGCUGCAGCUGGCCGUGUCUCUGAAUAAGCCCUUGGUGAUCCACUGCCGAGAAGCGGACGAAGAUCUGCUGGGCAUCAUGAAAAGAAGGGUGCCCCCUGACUACAAGAUCCACAGGCACUGCUUCAUGGGCAGCUACCAAGUCAUCGAGCCCCUCUUGAAGUAUUUUCCCAACAUGUCUGUGGGGUUCACAGCAGUCCUGACGUACUCUUCCGCCUGGGAGACCCGGGAUGCUCUGAGAAUGAUCCCCCUGGACAGAAUCGUCGUGGAAACCGAUGCGCCCUACUUCCUGCCUCAUGGGGUUCCCAAAAGCGUUUGCCAGUAUGCCCACCCAGGCCUGGCCCUGCAUACGGUUCGAGAGAUUGCCAGAAUCAAGGGUCAGCCACUCUCCUACAUCUUGGCCAUCUUGCGUGAGAACACGAGUUACCUCUACAACCUUUAA